UGGCAGCUGCAUAACAACAUCUGAUUCGCUGUUUAAAAUAUUUUCUUGCGUUAACGCUUUUUUUUUUGUAGUCUUUACACCUGACGGUCCAUUGCUUUAAGAUGCAGAAAAUUAAAUCUUUAAUGUCCCGGCAGGGUUUGAAAAGCCCUCAGGAGAGUAUGGCAGAUAUGAGUCCUGUGGAGAGCUUCAGGGUCCCUAGCAAGGAGGAGCUGAGGGAGCUGAGGGAGCAGCCUAUUGAUCCUCAGGCUGAGCAGGAGAUCAUCGACAGCAUAGAUGAGGUGUACUUCUCCAACGACUCCAUUGACAUGGUGCAGUACGAGCUGGAGAAACUUCCCCCGGAUCUGAACCUGCAGGAGCUAGAAGAGUACAGAGAUAAACUGAAGAAACAGCAAGCAGCAGUUUCAAAAAAGGUUGCUGACCUUAUUCUAGAAAAACAGCCAUCGUAUGUUAAGGAAUUGGAGCGAGUAACAUCCCUGCAAACCACACUGCAGUUGGCUGCAGUUAUCUGCACCAAUGCUCGGAGGCAGCUUGCUUUUGCUAAAGAAGGCUUCACCGAAGCAAGUCUUGGGCUCCUGGCCAACCAGAGACGCAGGCAGCUGCUGACAGGAUUGUUAAAGUCUUUAAGAACCAUUAAGACACUGCAAAGGACUGAUGUUCGACUGAGUGAGAUGCUGGAGGAGGAGGACUAUCCAGGUGCAAUCCAGUUGUGCUUGGAAUGUCAAAAGGCUGCCAGCACUUUCAAGCACUACAGCUGCAUAAGUGAGUUGAACUCAAAGCUGCAAGACACUCUGGAACAAAUUGAGGAGCAGCUGGAUGUAGCGCUGUCGAAAACAUGCAAGAACUUUGACGUCGCUCACUACACCAGAGUUCAGCUUGCGUACUCGCUAUUGGGCAAGACACAGACGGCUAUGGACCAGCUUCACAUGCACUUUACCCAGGCCAUUCACAACACUGUGUUCCAGGUGGUACUGGGAUAUGUGGAGCUGUGUGCUGGCAACGCAGACACCAAAUUCCAGAAGAUGCAGUAUAAGGAUCUGUGCACGCACAUCACCCCGGACAGCUACAUCCCCUGCCUGACUGACCUGUGCAAGGCAUUGUGGGAAGUGAUGCUCAGUUACUACCGAACCAUGCAGUGGCAUGAGGAGCAUGACAAAGAGGAGGUGAAGGAUGCUGACACAGAUGGUACCAGUGAUGAAGGCUCAGAGGAAGCUACAGUGGGCCACAGCUAUGUGAAGAAAAAGCUUGAACAUGGCCUAAGUCGGAUUUGGCAGGACGUCCAGCUGAAAGUGAAAGCCUAUUUAUUGGGGACAGACAUGUCCAACUUCAAGUAUGAUGACUUUAUUGUGGUGCUGGAUGUUAUUAGCAGGCUGAUGCAGGUGGGAGAGGAGUUCUGUGGCAGCAAGUCUGAGCUGCUACAGGAGUCAAUAAAGAGACAGAGCGUGAACUACUUUAAGAACUAUCACAGAACACGCCUGGAGGAGUUACGCAUGUUUCUGGAGAAUGAAACAUGGGAGUUGUGUCCUGUGAAGUCCAACUUCAGUAUCACUCAGCUUCAUGAGUUUAAGUUCAUGGGUCAGUGUCGUUCGCCGUCAGUGUCUCCGAGCAGGCAGCCAGCCUCCAGUUACUCUGAGGAGCUGUCUCUCUUUGCCCAGUAUGUUCAGGGUGGAAACCCUUUUGAGAUGCAGAUCGACAAUAAGGAAGAGGAGAGUGAAGAUGUCCUGGCUUCCAAUGGGUACGAGUCUGAAGAGCUGGAGAAGAAUGUAUAUCAGGACUAUGACAGUGACAGUGAUGUGGCAGACGAACUGAAGCAGGACUUUGUAGAUGAGCAGACUGGAGACAUACCCAACAAGAGCGUGUCCAGAGAGACUCUCCGCAGCAGAAAAAGAUCUGACUACAGUCUGAACAAAGUCAACGCCCCCAUCCUGACCAACACCACUCUUAACGUGAUCCGUCUGGUCGGUAAAUACAUGCAGAUGAUGAACAUUUUAAAACCCAUUGCAUUUGACGUCAUCCACUGCGUGUCACAGCUGUUCGAUUAUUACCUGUACGCCGUGUACACCUUCUUCGGCCGGAACGACAUGUAUGAAUCAUCCGGACUGGGGCUGAUUAGCAGUAGACUGAGGACGACACUCAACCGCAUCCAGGAGAGUCUCAUAGACAUGGAGGCAGGAGGAGAGAACGCAGCCACCCAUGGAUCCUCUGAGGACCGAAAGGAGAAGGUGCCGAGCCCUCACCUGAGCCAGCUGGUGGUUCUGACAGCCAGUAGCACGCUGUAUGGACUGGCAGAGCGUGUAGUCGCCACAGAGUCACUUGUGUUCCUGGCAGAGCAGUUUGAGCUCCUCCAGCCUCAUCUGGACACCAUGAUGCCUCCAGCCAAGAAACCUUUCCUGCAGCAGUUCUACUCCCAGACGGUGUCCACAGCCAGCGAGCUUCGCAAGCCCACUUACUGGAUAGUGGCAGCUAAAGCCAUUGAUUAUGAGCAGAUGCUGCUGCUGAUGGCAGGAGUGAAAUGGGACAUUAAAGAGAUAAUGUCACAGCACAACGUCUAUGUGGAUGUGCUUUUAAAGGAAUUUGAGGAGUUCAAUAAAAGGCUUGGUGAUGUUUCCAAACAAGUGCAGAUCCCCCUACCUGUUUCAAACGUCCUCUGGGAGCACUGUAUCCGUCUGGCUAACCGAACACUAGUGGAGGGCUAUGCUAAUGUGAAAAAAUGCAGUAACGAGGGCCGAGCACUGAUGCAGCUAGACUUCCAGCAGUUCCUCAUGAAGCUGGAGAAGCUCACCGACCUCAGACCUAUCCCAGAUAAGGAGUUUGUCGAGACCUACAUUAAAGCCUAUUACUUGACUGAGAAUGACAUGGAGCAGUUUAUUAAGAACCACAGGGAAUACUCCAUGAAGCAGCUGGCCAACCUGGUCAACGUCUGCCUCGGCUCCCACAUCAACAAAAAGGCCAGGCAGAAACUCCUGGCAGCUAUUGAUGACAUUGACCGUCCAAAAAGAUAAAUGAAAGCAGGCCACCCAGGUUGAAAGCAUGAUCACAAUGGAAAUCUGCUACAACUACAGAGUAUGCAGUAUUUCACUUCUGACAUACGUUUGCUGCCUCUGUACAUUUCUGUGUGUAUGUUCUUUAAUGUUACGGUACAUCAAUGUACAUCACUUGUUCAUCGGUUUGUUGAGUGUGUUAAAGAGUGAGACAUGACAUGUAGGGAACUCCUGGACAGUUCACAAAUCUUUUCCAACAGUAAUAUGCUUUAAUAUGAAAAAUUUCUGAAAACUGAAACACUCCAUCUAUAGAUGUUGGUCUAAUCUUUCAAAUACGCUACAUGGACAUUUUAGAACAGGUAAUGAAGCAUUUCAUCUGCUAAAUGGGACAAAAUUGAGGUUUUCAUCAUGUGGUGUCAUGACUCAUGUCUGUUUAAUCCUGUUACACCAAGUUGUAUGUUCUUUGCUUGUUCAUUUUAAAAAAUAUUGAUUUUAUUAUUUAUACCAAUUGAACAUGAUUGGUAGAUUGACAUUUAGAAUUUUUUUUCAUUAAAUAUGUAUUUUGGGGAAAAAAAAAACAUUUGGUUGAAUGACUUAGCGUACGAUUUGUGACAUAUAGUUUAUAUUGUACAUGUGAAUGUCAAAGCACCAUCAUAUUUAUUCCAGCUACUGGGUGUUACAGCGUUCAUAAAAACAACGUCAAAGCAUAAAAUCUAAAACGAGUUAGUGUGUAAUUGUCUGAACCAGAAUAUUACUUUAUGUACAUUAUUACUUUACUGUAACAAUAUGAAACCCAAGGCCCUAAAAUAAAUACACUAACAUUCUGAA